AUGUGGCAAAGUUUUGCAGUGUCACAGGUGUCGUCCAUAUGCCAUAAAUACAGAAAUGAUGGUCACUGUCAUUUUUUGUUCCUGCAUGAGGUGGUGGAGGCUUCAUCUUUCGAUGCAGAGACAAAUUCAGUAAUAUUGAUGUGUCAGGACAGCACCAUGAACUAUUUCAAUCCAUAUAUUUUGGUUUUUUGCAGGCACAAUCAUGACAUGAAAUGCAUAUUAUCUGGCAGAGGGGCCAAGGCUGCCAUGUUUUACAUUUCAGAUUACAUCACAAAGAUAGAUGUUAAGACAUAUAAAAUGUUGUCCUUACUCUCUUGA